AUGGAUCGUCUCUCCAUUAUCCUCUAUCGCAUUAACCCCGAUGAUUACCCACAAUAUAUGCAGUGUGAACGCAGUAGUGAACAGCCAGGCACUCUUCUGAUGGAGUCCCGUGCAAUGCAAGGGGUUCGCCGUGUAGUACCUGUUGGUUAUCUUUUUAGUUUAUUCUAUUUCUACGCCUAUUACCGUCCACGCCUUCCAUUUGCUGAUCGCAGUCUUGCCCGACUCCAUCACUAUUUCUAUCCAAGUGCCGGCUACAGUACACCCAUUGGGAUUAUCUCUGGUUUGGCCUACGCCUGUGUACAGGAUGGAUAUACGGAUUGCUCACUGGAGAGCGUUAAACAGGCAAAGGAACGUGAACGGGGCCGUGCGAUAAUGGCAUGGAAACAACAGCAGCAAUUGCAGAGAGAAAUGGAAAAGGAAAUGGAAGGAAAUGUGGGAGAAGCCACACUGCGGAAAUGGCUCUCGUGGUGUGGGGUUUCUCUACACCCAAAUAAACAGAAACCGCCUGUUUCUCAGCGGGAGACAUCCUAUGAGGAUUUUCUAGAUCCAAAUGGUAUUAUCUCUGUUGGAAAGCAGACAAGAGAGAUUCAUGAUCCAAGUUUUUAUCAUUAUUACACAAAGGAACAGGUGGAUGCACUUGUAAGUAAAGCGAUGAAACUUCGACAAUCACCAGAUGAGGAACGUUGGUUAAAAACAUCUGGUCGUCUUGGUGCUUAUGGUAUUAUGGGAAUGUUGUUAUUGUGGAAUAGUGGUGGACUUUUUUUCCGACUCUUCAUGGGACUUGGACUCGGUGUAGUUAGUGCUAGUGUUAUCUCAGGCACCAAGUUAGAUGCAUGA